CAUAUUGGCAUUUAAUGAAUUUCUUGUUAUUUAUAGAAUAACAGAAUACUUUUCACUGGUCACCACGCAUUCGUACUUUAACCUUUUAGUCGGCUAUUCCUUAACCCUAUGCAUGACAUUGAAUUGCAUUGCUUGCUUCUGGUUACUUCUUACUGAAGAAGGGUUUUGUAAGCAUUGUACAGGGAUUGGAAACUACUACGACUGGCGAGCUUAUGUUAAAUAUAAGCUCAAUGAAACGGAUGUGGGAUACACUACAUACGUCUACGCAUACUCAUUUGUAUUUUCAUUCACUCAAAAUGCUUUCUUUGAUAAUGAAACUAAACCCUCUGCAAUAUUAGAAUUUGUAAUAGUUUGCAUGUUUUUAAUAUGCGCUUAUAUUUUAAAUCAUUUUAUUGUAAUGCCGAAAUUCUUUGCUGAAUCACUAUUUAGACUGCGAAGAGUUUGCACUAAAUAUUCAGUCACUAGGAAAAUUAUAGAAGAGACUAGGAGGAGAAAUCCGACGACGAAUGCACAUAAAGAAGUGGAAACUUUCUAUAAAAUCAUCUGGAGAAAACGAAGCGGUAUUAUUCAUAUGCCUGAGAUAUUUAAAACGGAAAUACCGAGAUAUUUAAGACUCGAAAUUAAACAAGAUUUACUUUGGCCCUUAUAUUACCACAGUCCAAUUUUGAGGAAAACGUCAUUUCCCCUUCGACGACUAAUAAGUGAAUGCGUUGAAUUAUCUUACAGGAUGCCUGGGGAAAGAUUUUUUGUAGGAGAUCAUUCUAAAACGUCAUUAUUUUACCUAAAAUCAGGAAUAGUUCAACUUAUUUCAGCGGAUGACGGAAUUACUCCUAUAUUUUCUGUUACAAGUGGCACCAUCUUCGGGGAUAUAAAUUUUUAUGUACCUAACUAUGAUAGAAAAGUUGCAUGUCAAUGUCUCACGUAUUGUGAAAUAUAUGUCGUUCAACGAAAAUAUCUUAUACAAGCUUUACACAAAUAUCCACUUGAUAGAUUAGUUGUCAUGGAUGCUGUAAGAGAUCGAUUAAAUCAUGCAAAGAAAUUGUUCAAUAGUAAGAAGUAUAUAAGAGGACUGGACAGAAAUGAUGACGAAGGAAUAGCUUGGAUUAACAGACGUUGGUGGGAGAUAUAUGAAGCUUUUGAAAAAGUAAUGGAACAAACUGGAUUUUCUAGAGAACAAGUCAGAUGUGAUUUACCACGUGAGGAAACAAUAUACCACUGCGCGAAAUAUUUAGGGCAACUGGUACUUUGCACUCCAACUGAACUCCAGACUAAAUCUAUGUUCACUAAUGUCUCGUUCCCAUGGAUUAUGAACCCGAUAUCUAAAUUUGGUUUUGUUUGGCACCGAAUUGUUUUCAUAACUGUAAUGAUGGUGCUAUGUGUCUUUCCACCAAAUUUAAUAAAACGUGAAAUUCCUUCGUGGUUUACGUUUUUUACAUUAUACACCGAUACUAUAUAUGGGAUAGAUAUUGCAGUCUCUUUAUUUACAGCAGUAAGAACAGAAGAUUCGGUUACAAGUACUUUCUCUACAGUAUUGUUUGAACGAUUCAAGAGCUUUACUUUUAUUUUGGAUAUCUUGUCAUCAAUUUGGUUAGAAGAUUUAGCUUUUAUCGUUGGAGCACCACAGUACUACUACACAUUCCAAUUUAACAGACUAAUUAAAAUAUAUGUGCUCUUUUAUGAUAUUUAUUUAAAAUGGGAUAUUAGAAGAAAUCCUUUGGUGGACGUAUGUCGGAAUCUAUUGUUAAUUAAUUUUACGUAUAUAGUGCUGACAAGCCACAUUAUGUUUGAGCUGACAAAUUACAUGCCUCAGUUAACAGUAACUUAUUUUUUUGGAGAAGUUUUGUGUUCCAGAACCGUUAAGGUCGAUUGCGUUGAAAUCAAUCCAGUAACUGGAGUCACUAUGAAUUGGGCAUUUGAAUGGAUGUUUUGUGAAUAUGUGGCGAUGAACUUAUCGGACACAUAUAUUGGGAUAGUAAUCUCAUAUUUUUGUUACCUUAUAUUCGUAUAUUGUAGAAGUACACUCGUUGCUUAUAUGUAUUUGGAAAGUAGAGUUUUGUCAAGUUACCGAAGAUUUGUUUCUAAUCUUAAGAAAUAUUACGAGCACUAUAGUAUUCACGUUGAUUUACUCAGGAGGCUUGAUAGAUAUUUCAUUUGCCAUUGGAAGUAUUAUCAGGGUCAGGAUGUAAUUUCAUCGAAUGCUAUGUUGGAAGAACCAACUGAGAUAUAUUGGAAAGCUCAAGGUGAAGUGGCGCAGCGAAUAAUAUCAAAAUCAAUAACUUUUACUCACGCUGAUCCCAGCCUAAUCAGAGAAUUAGCGUGUAUGGCCAGAUUUUUAGUUCUACCUAAAAAUGCUAUAAUAUUUAUGUUUGGAACGCAAGUUAAAAAUGUUACUUGGAUUGUUCAGGGUUUUGUCAAAGUGGAGUCUCAUGAUGAGAAAGGUGAAAUAGUUGAAACUUUCUAUGGUCCCGGUACUUUAUUAUCAAUUGCUGCUGUAUACUUUGGCAAAGAAUCAGUUAGAUCAUACACUGCGUAUACUGAUUGUGAGUAUCAACAAAAAUUAAGAGACAAAAUUAAUAGUACAAGAAUGUCAAUGAUAUCGACGGCAAAAGUGAUUCCUGAAUUACAAAAAAAUCGUUCGUUGCCAUUCGAAGGUGAUUUCUGGGGAGAUCCGGAAUCUGCGUAA